CACACGCGAGCAGGCAGUAUGUAGAAUGCCUUAAAGAAACUGUAGCUAACCACCUUAUUAGUAUUCCUCCCUCCUCUGUGUUUCACUUGCAGCAACAGAGGGCUGAGCAAAAUGCAGUAGAACAGGGACAGAGACAGAGCUGGCAAUCAUCUCGGUGCAGGCUGCUGAAUGUAGGGGGUGGGGGGGAUGCAGCAAAGCAAGAUUAAUAACCUUGCCAUAAUCCUGUGCACCCUGGAAGGAGAUACCUCUGGUGACUGAGCUGUUCUUGCCUUGAUUAAUUGGACCGAGUGACUGAGGGGCUGGCAAUCCACCUGGUUUGGAGGCGACCCCCUGGUUUUGCUGCUCUCUGAAUCCUCUACCCAUCUGGGAAGGUAACAGUGAGACAUACCAUCUGCAGCACACACAGCAGCUAUUGGAGGCUACUACUGACAGUUUGCGCUACAGUUUUUUGGUGAGCGAGGAGCCAGGUAUAUCGUACAGUAGGAUAUUUCUGUGCUCGAGCUACCGAAUUUCACAAUCUGGUCCCUACGCUCCCUUUUCCAAUUGCCUUUGAGUUCUGGGCUUACUUUUGGCAUAGUCUCCUGGACGCAUUUUGCUGGGGAUGGAAGAGCAGUAAAUGGAACCUCUGAAAACUAAUUGUUUUGCUUCUGUGUGACUCAAGAAAGAGAAAAGCGAAAAGAAUCAAAGCCAGCUGGAGGAAUUUAAAUUUCUUUCGGAGAAGUUUACAGAGGGACUGUACAAAAGAAAUGAAUUUCUUUAUUGCGAGAAAUCAGGAUUAUUUAUUGAUGCAGAAAGCAAACGGGCUGAUGUUCUGCUGGGUGUUCUGAACAACAUGUUUUUUUAUCCUCUUCAUCACCAGAAAUAGUCCCCUUAACAGGAAACUCUUCCCUAGAUCUUGAAGAUCAGAUCUGAUUCAGUAAGGUAGGGUGACAGGCAUGCAAAGAAAUCAAAUAAUCUAUCUUGAGAUCAUGCAAAGACUCUGGAAAUACGAUCCCAGUGAGUCCUGGCUAUAACACUUUUGAUGUCCUCAUCACUGGCCACAGUCGUGCAAGCACUGACGGGUGGAUGCUGUGGGGGGGUCCAGGCAGCUCUGUGGAACAGUCUCCAAUGGGCUAGUAGGAUGAGAAGGUCCAGGGGUAGUUUGGGAAAUGAGGAGAAGCAUCACCUCCCAAGACGGUAAACCUACUGAAAAGGCUUGCCAAGCUGGUGAAGAGGGCUUUAAACUAAAGUUGCCGGGGUACGGGAGCCUCAAUCCAGACUGCUCCUACCAGUUUGAUGCCAGUGCCAGCAAUAGAUGCCCAGAGCCUGGAGAGGGAUCACAGGUCAGCAGGAGAGCACCUGAAGAACAGCACUGAGGAAUUCCAGCCACUCCAGCCAAGGCCUUGUGAGGAUGUGUUUAUGUUUGAUGUCUUAUUAAGGUGAUCCAAUCAAGGAUGGAUCAUUGCCAAAACUCCCAUUGUAUGCAAAGGGCCCUGGGGCCCCUGCAUUCACGCAGCUCCCAACAACAGAAGUCUCAGGUCAAAGUUUGUUGUUCAGAACCAGGAAAAUACUUGCUAUUCAAACUCCAGAAGGACCAACACCAAAUAAAUUAUGAAUGUUGAACAAGAUGACCUUACAUCCACAGCAGAUAAUGAUAGGUCCUAGGUUUAACAGGGCCCUAUUUGACCCCCUGCUUGUGGUGUUGUUGGCUCUUCAGCUUCUUGUGGUGGCUGGUCUAGUGAGGGCUCAAACUUGCCCUUCUGUCUGCUCCUGCAGCAACCAGUUCAGUAAAGUGAUUUGCGUACGGAAAAAUCUGAGAGACGUGCCAGACGGCAUCUCCACCAACACCCGGUUACUCAAUCUCCAUGAGAACCAGAUCCAAAUCAUUAAAGUUAAUAGCUUCAAGCAUCUGAGGCACCUAGAAAUCCUGCAGCUCAGCAGGAAUCACAUCAGAACAAUUGAAAUAGGGGCUUUCAAUGGUCUGGCCAAUCUCAACACUUUGGAACUCUUUGACAAUCGUCUGACCACUAUCCCAAAUGGGGCUUUUGUAUACCUGUCAAAACUGAAGGAACUGUGGUUGAGAAACAACCCCAUUGAGAGCAUCCCUUCUUAUGCUUUUAACAGAAUCCCUUCUCUCCGGAGGUUGGAUUUGGGGGAAUUGAAAAGGCUUUCGUACAUCUCAGAAGGUGCCUUUGAAGGUCUGUCCAACUUGAGGUAUUUGAACCUUGCCAUGUGCAAUCUUCGAGAGAUUCCUAACCUCACCCCGCUUGUAAAACUGGACGAGUUAGAUCUUUCUGGGAAUCACCUGACUGCCAUCCGGCCAGGUUCUUUCCAAGGGUUAAUGCAUCUUCAGAAAUUGUGGAUGAUACAGUCCCAGAUUCAAGUGAUAGAAAGGAAUGCUUUCGAUAACCUUCAGUCACUUGUAGAGAUCAAUCUGGCACACAACAAUCUAACACUACUGCCUCAUGACCUGUUCACACCGCUCCGCCUAGAAAGGAUCCACUUGCAUCACAAUCCUUGGAACUGCAACUGUGAUAUCCUUUGGCUCAGCUGGUGGAUUAAAGACAAGGCACCCUCCAAUACCGCAUGCUGCGCCCGUUGCCACACACCUCCUAGUUUAAAAGGAAGGUACAUUGGUGAGCUGGACCUGAAUUACUUUACGUGUUAUGCUCCAGUCAUAGUGGAGCCACCAGCAGACCUCAACGUCACAGAAGGCAUGGCUGCAGAGAUGAAAUGCCGGGCGUCAACCUCCCUGACCUCUGUCUCUUGGAUUACUCCAAAUGGAUCUGUCAUGACGCAUGGGGCCUACAGAGUUCGGAUUGCUGUGCUCAGUGAUGGCACAUUAAAUUUUACAAAGGUAACUGUGCAAGACACAGGUUUGUAUACAUGCAUGGUGAGUAACUCUGUUGGGAAUACCACGGCUUCUGCCACGCUGAAUGUGACUGCCCUGGAUAACCCUGGUUACACAUACUUUUCUACCGUCACAGUAGAGACUGUGGAACCUUCUCAGGAUGAGGCACAGACCACAGAGCAGGUUGGGCCCACACCAGUUACCAACUGGGAGACCACUAACAUGACAACCUCACUCACUCCACAGAGCACAAGAUCAACAGAAAAAACGUUCACCAUUCCUGUGACGGACACAAACAACGGGAUCCCGGGAAUAGAUGAGGUUAUGAAGACUACCAAAAUCAUAAUUGGUUGUUUUGUGGCUAUCACUCUCAUGGCUGCUGUGAUGCUGGUAAUUUUCUACAAAAUGAGGAAACAGCAUCACCGGCAGAACCAUCAUGCUCCAACGCGGACUGUAGAGAUCAUUAAUGUGGAUGAUGAGCUUACAGGCGACACACCCAUAGAGAGUCACUUGCCCAUGCCAGCAAUAGAGCAUGAGCACCUAAAUCACUAUAACUCUUAUAAGUCUCCUUUCAACCACACAACAACAGUUAACACAAUAAAUUCAAUACACAGUUCAGUGCAUGAACCGUUAUUGAUCCGAAUGAACUCAAAAGACAAUGUACAAGAGACUCAAAUCUAAAACAUUUAUGACAUUAUGGGGUGGGGGUGGGGACAACAAAAGAUGGUUUAUAAAACAAAUGACACAAAUGACUGGGCUAAAUCUACUGUUUCAAAAAAGUGUCUUUACAAAGAAAAAGAAAUUUAUUUAUUAAAAAUUCUAUUGUGAUCUAAAGCAGACAAAAUUAUGUGUAUUCCUCAGAACCUGGUUUUGCUGCACUUAUUUACCCUCCUCGUUCCCCUUUUCCUCCCCAGCCUACCCUGAUUCCCAUUUGCCAUAUUUUUCAUAGGAGAUCUUGAUUCCCUAAAAGAACUGGUCUAGGAAAUUUUGUAAGAAUUCUGUUACACUUUGGGAAUUUUUAUGGUGAAUUCUAGUGGUGAGAUUCGGACUAUUUUGUCACUUUUUCUCUUUUUUUCUUUUGUUUUCUCAUGCCCUUUUUGAAAUCAUUCAGUAGAGAAUGGAAUAAUAACAGCAACUUUACAAGUGAGAAAAACAAAGAAGCAAACCUUUUUUUUUCCAUGUAAUGAUUUGCUCUGUAUUUACUGAAAGCACGGUUCUGUGAAAAAAUGGAAGAAAAAGUAAAAACAAAACAAACCAAAACAAAACAAAAACCACCCCAAGAAAUUAAUUUACUUGUGAAAACCUAUAAAACCCAUGAUCUUUUAAACAAUUCUAGAACCAGAAUUUGUAGUUCAAACACUAAACUAAGAUUAUAAAUAAAAUAUUGUUUUUUUCUGUA